AUGGGAGGAAAGAACCAGGACAGCCCCCGGAAAGUAUCCCUCUCCACAAGACUACCUCGCUCUGCAAUCAGCCACCUCCACCCCCACAAGUGUGACCCCUCUGCCCUCCCGCGGCCUCUUCACGCUUCCUCCUGGGGUAGACUCUGCUCCCGCUCUCUACCUCCCACUCUCACUCUCGUCCCUCCAGGCCUCAGUUUCCCCAAACGUAAAAAAGAUGGGGUUGGACCAGUCAGAACAAACUAUGUCAUGCCCAGAUAUGUUCCAUCAAGCCCAUUUACAGGACACUUAAGCACAAAAAGUAAUGCUUUUUGCACUGACUCCUCCUCUCUCAGACUAAGUACCCUCUACCUGAUCAAGAACCACAUGGCUGUUCACUAUAAUAAAAUCCUUUCAGCCAAAGCUGUUGUAGAUUGCUCAAUGCCAGUUAGCAUGAUUUCCAGCGUUAAAUAUUCGGAUCAGCAGCGAAGAGAAAAACUUAAGAAGGAAUUGGCACAGUGUGAAAAAGAAUUAAAAUCAGCUAAAAUCUCUACACAAACAAGUAAUAAAUUUAGUCCCAGUCCACGUUUAUCUCCAAGUCGAAAGCUUUCAGAGGAAUUACCAGAUAAGGAUGAAGAAACUGAAGAAGAAAAUGACUUUCCAUCUUUAUCAAAAUCAUUACCACCUGCAUCAGAUAAGCAAUUUCCAGAUUUUUCCAUUCUUGAAAAAAGUUUCAGAAAUGAAACUCGCAGGAGCUAUAGUACCUCAGGUACAUCAAGUCCCCGAAGACAGUUCUGUGUAUCCUCACGUAAUGCCGCCACUGGCAGUACUAAGAAUACCAAAAAUCCACGAAUGUUUCAGUUAUUUGCUUCGAAAGCACCUAGCGGAGAUCUGCUGGAGAAGCAUUCUGCACACUUUACUAACCAGGAACUACCAUUCACUCCUCGCACAUUAAAAACAGAAGCAAAAUCUUUCCUUUCUCAGUAUCGCUAUUAUACCCCAGCCAAAAGAAAAAAGGACUUCCAGGAUCAAUUGAUUGAGGCAGAAACCCAGACUGAAUUAAGCAGUUUUAAAACUCAUUUUAUACGAGCUGAGUUGAACAAUAUGGGUUCAGAAGUAAUCAUUGAUGAGGUAAGCACAAAAGAUAUUUAUACUCCUAUAUUUUAG